ACUUAGGAGUUCUUCCUGCGCUCGACUUCGCCUCGGUGGGAAAGUUCGGGCUGAACACUUAGCGGGCGCCGCCUCUAAAGAGAACAGUCACUACACUUAUGGCAGGGAUUUUACACUUAGUAGUUCAGAAGCCCCUAGGCAGACUACAGACUUUCUUUUAUAAAGUGCAGUGGUGCCACCCAAGCUACUCAUAAGAGCCAGAGUCUAGAUAUAGACUUCUUACUGGCUAUAGAUGACAAUAAUACUAUGGCAAAAGGUGUGGAGUCUCUCAUUUGUACAGACUGGAUUCGUCACAAAUUUACCAGGUCAAGAAUUCCAGAUAAAGUAUUUCAGCCUUCACCUGCCGAUCAUGAAAAAUAUGGUGGGGAUCCACAAAACCCUCAUAAACUGCAUAUUGUUACCAGAAUAAAAGGCACAAAAAGACGUCCAUAUUGGGAAAAAGAUAUAAUAAAGAUGCUUGGAUUACAAAAGGCACAUACCCCUCAAGUUCACAAGAAUAUCCCUUCAGUGAACGCAAAACUGAAAGUGGUUAAACAUUUGAUAAGAAUCAAACCCCUGAAGUUGCCACAAGGACUUCCAACAGAAGAGGACAUGUCUAACACAUGCCUUAAGAGCACUGGGGAGUUGGUAGUGCAGUGGCAUCUGAAACCUGUGGAGCAGAAAGCAAUUAAAUCCUAAUGCCAGAGCAGCUUCAAAUUUAAAAGUGCAGAUCAUUUUCUGUUAAAAAAUGGUGACAAAGUGUUUUCAUUCAAAUAUGUGUUAAAUACCAGUCCCUUUCACUGACUAAACCUGCUAUGAUUCUUCCUUACUAUAGACUUGGGGGUUUUCGUUUAAUUUGGUUUAAUUCUCUCCCCUUUCCCUCUAAUAGUUUGAUUUCAAAAUGGGAAAGAAUGGCAUUGUUUGAACAUCUGUGUUCAGGUCCACCGCUGCCUAGCAAUUAUCAUUAACUGUUUUAUAAAAAUUGUUGUAUUGAAGUUAACAAGUUCUGUGAGUGGCUCUGUGCUGUCAUGUUGGAGAAAUGCAAAACACCAAAGCAUGGUUCCUGCCCUUCAGAAGCUUACAUACAGUCUGUUCUGCUAGAGAACAGAGAUUCAGCCAGUUGUGAAACAUUGGGCACAGCUAGCUUAUCUGCCUUGUGCUUUUGCAUCUACAUGCACAUUUGUUGACAUGGGUUUAUUUUAGCCCUAAAUUUAAUACCAAAACCAAUAUUUAUUUUCUAAUUAGAUAUCUAACUUGGCCUAAUCUUUAUUAUUGCACUCUGCCUAGACAAAACAUAUUCAGUUGUGUGUAAAUUUUUUCCUCAAGGAACAAGGUUAUGACAUGAAAACAUCUUAAGAUUUAUUCGAAAACAGACUGUCAUUUUGUUUUCAGCUUCAAAAUUGUUCUUUGAAUCCUGCUGAACCUCUAAAAGUUGAGGUUACUAUUUAAAAGGAAAAAAGGAGAGAGAAAUCUCAGGGUGCAUUAUCUUAUUUCCCAUCUUUUAUUUCAGAAAACCUGGCAGGGUGGGGAAAAGUAAGAAUUUUAGGUAAGGUUCCAUAGCGGGAAGUCCUGAGGCUCCUAAUUGAAGAUAGUGAUGAUGAACUUCUGCAUUCUAGUUACCCUUUAUUUUCCCUUGUCUCUUGUGAAGUCUGGCUUGGUAACAAUGACAUUGGCAUGCUCAUUGUUUGUUGUCCCAGUAUUGUCCUAUCAUAGGUGUUGAUAUUUUUGAGCAUUGCAUUAAAACAGAAGUGCCACCCGAAAUGAAACCAGAUCCCAUUAGUUAAUAAGCUUAAAGGCAAUUUCCAUUCAACAGUUAUUGAAUUGUGUGUGUGUAAGGCCUCUCAGGGGUACAAAGCCGAAGAACACUAACUUCUAAGAGCCCAGUCUACUUGGAGAGAAACUGGCAUGUAACAGCAUAAGCUGUCCUUUCCUGCAUGGGUUUGUAAAUAAAAGCAGCCCCUGCUAA